AUGUAUAAAAAGAGAAAAUUAAAUACUAUCAUAGACAUUAUUAUAGAAAUCAUCCAGGUGGUGGGUGUAAAAUUCCCAACUCUCCGAAUUGGGUCAGUAAAGCAAGAAUCUCUAGACAUAACUAGCAACAUGAAUUGGAAGGUGCUGGCUGGUGUUUUAUUGGUAUUGUACGUGUCUGUUACUACUACCAAGGAAAUAAGAGACACUGCCUCUAACAUCCAAAAUGGUUUAUCAGCAGCUAAGGAACUUGGUGACUUUAUUGUGGCUAAAAAUUUCAACAAUGUCAUUGGAAAACUGGCUUCUGCUGUAACUCCCUAUCUCGGGAUCGUUGGACCCUUCGUUUCCUUCAUCAUGGGAUUUUUCGGACUAUCUGAAUCAGCCGAACUUAAAGCCAUAAAACGUUUAAACCAAGACGUUGACAAUCGAUUCGAUAAAGUUGAUAUAGAAUUUGAUGAAGUGAAAAACCUGAUUGAAUGGAGUAAAAUACAAGUACAGAAUUCUAAUGCUGAGCAAAAUAUUAAUGCUGUUAAUACGGACUUCGAACAUAUCUACACAUUUUCAUCAGGAGCUGUUAAGACUGCAGUCUCUACCUUCGUUGAUAACUUCAAGACUGUUUAUCAAGAUAGUGGUACAAAACUCUAUGACGGCAUCAUGAAUGAAGGACAGAUGUUUGGAGAUGGUCUUUUUAGUGCUGUCGUCAAACAUACCGAGUACGACAGAGGAAAAAGCCAAACCUUUAUGCUGGGGCUUCUUAAAUUGUUGAUGAAAGCAGCAAAGUUGGAACUGGCUUACCAUCAACUGAAAGGUCACACAGCAGCUCUACAUGAUUACCAAAACGUAUGGAAUACUCGAUUUACCCAUAUCAGAUCCAAAAUGAUGUCUACAGAUAACUAUAUUGUCAGUCAGUAUGAUACUCAAUCUGGAAAAGAUAUUGACAAUUAUCUUAUAAAGAAUCCGAAAACUAAAAUGAACAACAAUGACUUCAACAACAUGCUGUAUGAUUUCCUGGCUAAAAAAUACUUCUGGCGAGAUUGGUUCACUGUAACUUACAAGCAUAUAAACGGUGGUAAAGUCCAUAAAGUCGGACAGUGUGGUGGUUACACCAAGUUCAACAGCAAUAAUAGUGGUAGAAACGUUGUGGUCGAUAGUGUUGACAAACUAAAAGGACACAUCAAUAGAUAUAGAGCUCUGGAAGUUAUACAUAGUGUAAAUUCAUGUCGUAGAUUGUACCACUUUGGUAAACCCAUCUAUAUACCAAAACAUUGCGACACAGCCUACAACACUUUCCCAGCGUCAGUCAAAGACCAUUGCGAUCCGUAUGCCGCCCAAGGAGUUAUUGCUUAUACAAGGCACAAUGGUUAUGAAGUUUAUUUCAAAUCUGCUCCUAAUCGAUUGACUAUCGCUAGCCAAGAAGAUUGUAGCUUUGUUUAUGUCUUUGGUUGA